CAGCAUAUAACCUGCUCUGCUCCCCAUCGUUUUCAUUCUUCAUCCAACAACUCACAUUCACUCUCAGCUUCACAUUCACUCUCACUCUCACCUUCACAUUCACUUCAAUCACCUUCUUUUCUAAGAACCACCAACCGCCACCAUGCUCCCCCAAUUCAUCAUCGUCGCCCUUGCCGCCACCAUGGCCGCUGCGCAAACCUCUUCCGCCGGGGCUCCCACCGGUGUUCCCUCCGGCAUUCCUAUGAUCCCGCAAUGCCUGAAGGACUGCUUCCUCCCGGCCAUCAAGGAGACGAACUGCACCAUGGCCGAGGGCCCCGCCUGUCUAUGCAAUGACGAGGUGUUCACUGGGGCAAUGAAGGAGUGUGUGCCCACCAGCUGCAAGGACUCCCCCGACGUCGUCAAGAAAACCGAAGAAAUGGCGCUCAAGGGCUGCGCCAAGUUCACUUCUGCCCCUUCUGCAGUCCCUUCUGUAGUCGCCAGGGCUGCCUCCACCGAGGCUCCCGCUCCCACCGGGAUUCCCACCGGGGCUCCCAGCGGUGCUCCCAGUGGUGCUCCCAGUGGUGCUCCGGGGGGCAUGCCUCACAUCCCGCAGUGCCUGAAAGAUUGCUUCCUCCCUGCGAUCAAGGAGACGAACUGCACCAUGGCCGAGGGCCCCGCGUGUCUGUGCAAUGACGAUGAGUUCACCGCCGCGAUGAAGGAGUGUGUGUCUACUAGUUGCAAGGAUGAGCCAGAGGUCGCUAAGACCGCCGAGGAAAUGGCCAUUAAGGGGUGUGCGAAGUUCACUGCUGUCCCGUCGGCGGGCGCGAAGGCUGCUUGGUAAAUGGUGGUGGGUUGACAGAGGAACGGAUCGGAGCGGACGGAUCGGAUUGUACGCAAC